AUGAAGCUGGGAUUUAUUCCUAACGACACCAUUCAGGCACUUAACCCUAUUGCCUGCGUGCUGCUCGGCCCGAUCAUUCAAAAACUUCUGUAUCCCGGUCUUCACAACCACGGUAUAGCGUUCGGGGAGAUCUCUCGUAUGACCUGGGCAUUUAUUACGAUAAGCUCCUCGAUGGCCUUUGCUGCAGGGUUGCAAAAGCUGAUCUAUACGCGGGGACCAUGCUAUGAGUAUCCGCGGAGUUGCCCUGAUUCUGAUGGGGGAAAGAUACCGAACAAUAUCAGUGUCUGGGUGCAAACACCAUCAUAUUUUCUGCUUGCAUUUGCUGAGAUCCUGGGAUUUACCACUCUAUCCGAGUAUAGCUAUUCAAAAGCACCCAAGGACAUGCGCAGCUUGGUGCAGGCCCUCCGACAAGUUACCGCUGCCAUUGGAUCUGCUUUGGGCAUGGCGCUCUCACCAGUUGCGGUUGAUCCAAAGGUUAUAUACCUAUAUACGGGACUAGCGGCUACUAUGAUUGCUGCUGCUCCCUUUUUCUGGGUGGCAUUCAGAAAUUAUGACAAUAUCGAUGACGAACUGAAUGAGACUGGGCUAAUACAGCCAGAUAGCCGUGACGAGAUGGAAGAGACUACGAUCAGAGCGCAUCCAUAA